AUGACUACCGAACGUGAAAGCAAGACGUUCCUGGCCCGCCUCUGCGAGCAGGCUGAGCGCUACGAUGAGAUGGUCACCUACAUGAAGGAGGUUGCCAAGCUUGGUGGAGAGCUCACCGUCGAUGAGCGCAACCUCCUCUCCGUCGCCUACAAGAACGUUGUUGGUACCCGACGUGCCUCGUGGCGCAUCAUUUCCUCGAUCGAGCAGAAGGAAGAGUCCAAGGGCUCUGACAAGCAUGUCGGCACCAUCCGUGAGUACCGCAACAAGAUCGAGACCGAGCUCGAGAAGGUCUGCGAAGACGUCCUCGAUGUCCUCAGCGACCACUUGAUCGUCAACGCUGCCACCGGCGAGUCCAAGGUCUUCUACCACAAGAUGAAGGGUGACUACCACCGUUACUUGGCCGAGUUCGCCUCUGGUGAGAAGCGUAAGGGCGCCGCCACUGCUGCCCACGAGGCUUACAAGAGCGCCACCGAUGUCGCGCAGACUGAGCUCACCCCCACACAUCCCAUCCGCCUUGGUCUUGCCCUCAACUUCUCCGUUUUCUACUACGAGAUUCUCAACUCACCCGACCGCGCGUGCCACCUUGCCAAGCAGGCCUUCGACGACGCUAUUGCCGAGCUUGACUCGCUGUCCGAGGAGUCCUACCGCGACAGCACCUUGAUCAUGCAGCUGCUGCGUGACAAUCUGACUCUGUGGACCUCGUCGGACAAUGCCGAGGGUGAGGGUGCUGCCGCUCAGGAGGCGCCCAAGGAGGAGAAGCCUGCCGAGGAAGCCGAGAAGCCCAAGGAGGAGGAGGCAGCCCCUGCCACCGAGUCCUAA